CGCUAUUCGUCAGAUUGGGAAUUGUUUGUGUAAUUCUGUGGUUUUGUGUUAUUAUAUUCAGCUUUUUUCUGCCUUUGUUUUGCAUACAAACACGAUUUCAACAAAGAAAAAUAUCAAAUUAAGUGAGUCAUUUUUGUGGCUAUUAUCAGCAAUUAUUACAGCUUCCAAAAUACAGUGAGUUCAUUUAAAUAUUGAACGCAAAAGUAAACUAUAGCAUAGUCGUUUAUUGGUAACGGUAAACUGCAAUUAUAAAAAUGUCACUAGUUUCCGAUCAAGAAUGGGAGGAGUAUAAGUCGAAGUUCGAAAAAUCAUACUCUGAUGAAGCUGAGGAUCAAAUGCGUCGUGGACGGUACCAAAAAUCCAAACAAACAGUUGAAGAACACAACAAAAAAUAUGAGAAUGGCGAAGUUACAUGGAAAAUGGCUAUAAACCACUUAUCCGAUUUAACAGAAGAAGAGUAUUCAAUGCGUUGCGGAAAAAAGGUGACGCCACCCACUUCCACUUGAGUAUUAAUUAUAUUUUUGUUUUUGACUUCGAAUAUUUGUGGUAAAAUCUGUUUUAUAUGUAUGUACUAAAAUGUGUUUUUAUUAUUGUACUUCCUUUACUGUAAAAUGUUAAAAAUAUUAAACUCUUUUGAUAAACAA